AUGACUGAACACUUUGACUCUGUCAAGUCAAUGAUUAAUAACCUGCGCUCGGAGGAUCCGGAGGAACGGCUGACAAGCAUGCGCGGCAUUCACCUCAUUGCCUCCACUCUUGGACCCGAGCGCACUCGUGACGAGUUAUUGCCGUACCUUACCGACUAUCUGGACGAGAACGAAGUGGUGUUACGGGUUUUUGCCAAUGCAUUGGGGACGAUGCUGCAAGAAGUGGGUGGUGCCGACCAUUUGCAGAGCAUUUUGACGCCCCUGGAGUUGUUGAGCAGUUUAGAUGAAAUUACCGUUCGUGACGAAGCUGUAACGUCGCUGCAGACAAUUGGUGGGCAGGUAUUUCGUGAGACAGGCGAAGCGGCUGCGCAGGCGCAACGUGAUUUUCUUGAUUUGGUGCAUCGACUUGGCAAAGCAACUACGCAAUGUCGAUCAAGUGCAUCGUACCUUAUCGCCACUGCCUACCCUCACGUGUCUACAGCAAUUAAAGGGCAGUUAAUGAGCCUGUUUAUUGAACUUUGUAACGAUAAAGAAAUUAUGGUGCGUCGCGCUGCGUGUAUUUCGCUAGGAAAACACAUGGUACAUGUUUUUGGAAAUCGAAGUACUGAGUUGAUUAACGCGUUGACUGCUUUCUCACAGGACAAAUUUGAUGCCGUCCGCCUUCAGACG